GGGACCACAAAUCUAAGCAAUCUAGGAGCACCUUGAACAUCCGAACAACUUGAUCACCUCCGAAGCGCACGACAUCUCUCGGCCUGCAUCCUGUCCCGCGCUGAACCCCGGAGUCGCGUCUUUACCACCCCGCGCCCUCUUCCGUCCGCCACCUUUUUCGCGCUCUCAUCUAGCAGCUCUCAACACCCCAAGCGUCUGCCAGUGGAGGACCCUGAAGUGAGAUUCUGCGACGGCUUUUCUCUUUCAGGCACGUGCCAUAUCCGACUCGCCGACUCCACGAAGGGACCAUCUCACUACAUGUCCUCGUCACUUAUCUACUUCAGGUUGCAUUGAACUAGGUGACGAUGAAGGGCAAUCGGAACCCGGCCCCGCCAGUUGCUGCUAGUGCAGCUUCUCAGUCGCCCUCGGCGAAGGGGACAGCCAAGUACACCAACAAGGAUGGUUCCAAGUUCAUCACAGUACCUAAAGGCAGCACGCCCGUAGAAUCUUCCCAACCUUCUCCAACAUGUGCCUCCCCGGCGCCACCUGCUCCACCAGCGGUGAACAGGAAGAAGCAGAAAAGGCGCGAAAAGGCUGCGGCCAAGGCCGCUGCUGAGCAACAGCAGCAAGCACAGAAUGGUCAGCCUUCAAAUGGGACUCGCAGUGGUCCACAGCCACCUCAAGGCCAACCCUCGGCCGAUGUCGAACAGCAUGAAGACGAGGACGAAGAGGAAGCGGAUGCCGGUCAAGACUCUCGAGACCAAAACCAACAACCUCCAAACGGGACUCCUAACGGGCAGCCUGCGAAAUCGAAGAAGGCGAAAAAAAAGAAGAAGAAAAACAAUAAUGUUGCAGGGGCGAGUGCUGACGGUUCGGUGAAUGGCAACCACGUUGAUCACCGUCCCCCACCAACGUCACGUAUCAACGGCCGAGGGAUGUCGAAGGAAAAGAUUUGGAACACCAGCUCUCAAGAGGAGCGGGAGCGAAUCAAGGAAUUCUGGCUUGGACUAGAUGAGGUGCAGCGCAAGAACCUAGUCAAGGUCGAAAAAGAUGCGGUUCUCAAGAAGAUGAAGGAGCAGCAGAAGCAAACUUGCAGUUGCUCGGUUUGCGGGAGGAAAAGGACGGCGAUUGAGGAAGAAUUGGAAGGGCUCUAUGACGCCUAUUAUGAAGAACUGGAGCACUAUGCGAAUCAUCCUCAUACGACCAGUAAUUCCUCACUACUUAGUCGCCACCACUCGAUUAGUUUUUCGUCUAUCCCACCUAAUCUACCACACGGCCUUCCAAGCGGGCCGAGAUACACCCAUCAACCAUCUCACGGUCGAAUUUUGGAGCACGUUGACGACGAUGCGGACGAGGAUGAAGAAGGCGAGGGCGAGGAAGUCGACUAUGAAGGGGAAGAGGGGGAGGAGGAGUACAGCGAAGAAGAGUUGGAGGAUGAGGAAGAAGACGACGAGGAAUACAGUGACGAUGAGCACGACCCAUCCGAACUGCACCGAACCGAAUACGCUUCCGACUUCUUCAAUUUCGGAAAUAGCCUGACAGUGCAGGGGACUGGCAAUAACGCUUAUGGCUCCUCUUCUAUAGGCGGCAUCCUGACUGUGGCCGACGACUUGCUCAAAAAUGACGGUAGAAAAUUCAUUGAGAUGAUGGAACAGCUUGCCGAGCGGCGCAUGGCCACUCAAGAGCGGGUGCUGCAUCCUGGUGAGCAAGACUACGAGCACACGAAUGGCGACCGCUACAGCCACAGCCACCCCCCGCCCGAUCCUGAUGACGAGGAGGAGGACUAUGAAGAGGAUGAGGACUAUGAAGAAGACGAGGAGGAGUACGACAGCCAAGAAGAGGAAGAGGAUCCCAUGACUGAUGAGCAGCGCAUGGAAGAGGGCCGUCGGAUGUUCCAAAUAUUUGCUGCUCGCAUGUUUGAGCAGCGAGUACUCACAGCCUAUCGGGAGAAGGUUGCCAAAGAGCGUCAAGCCAAGCUUCUGGAGGAGAUUGAGGCUGAGAACCAACAAGAUGCCCAACGCAAAGCCAAGAAGGCCAAGGAGGCCCAGCGACGCAAAGAUAGAGCGGCCCGGAAGAAGGAAGCUCUAGCUGAGGAGAAAGCUCGCAAGGAAGCCGAAAAGGCUGCCGAAGAAGCCGCGCGUAAAGAGGAAGAAGAACGCAAGCAGGCCGAGGCGAAGCAGAGAGCAGAGGAGAAGCGGAAGCGAAGAGAGGCUCAAAAGAAGGCUGAAGAGGAGGAACGGCUACGCAAGGAGGCUGAGCGACAACGCAAGAUUCACGAGCGGGAAGAAAAUGAACGCAAAGCUCGUGAAGCUAAGGAACGCGAGAAAAAGGCGCGCGAAGAGGCUCGGCUCAGGGAAAAGGAGCAGAAAGAGCGAGAAGCUCGUGAAAGACGAGAACAGCAAGAGCGUGAUAAGCGUGAGAAGGAGGCCAAGGCCAAAGCAGAGCGUGAAUCUAGAGAACAGGCCAAGGAGACCAAGGAGAAGCGCAAAAAGGAAGAGAGGGCAGCUCAAAAAGCUGCAGCUAUUGCGGCGACUGCUGCUGCUGCAACGACCCCUUCUGUUACGCUUCCCAAACGUCCAGCCCAGCAGUCUGCGACAGCUAUUCCAGCUCUGGCACAGUCGUCAGCCUCGUUUGCGUCUCCACUAAUCACGGUAGCUACACCAGCCUUGCCGAUGGCCCCUACACCAGUUCGUCCUCGUCAGCCCUCUCAGCAGGAAAGCUCAGGCAUCCAGACAUCAGGUGUUGGUUUUCCACCCGGGGUCGCUCCGAGCCAUAGUCAAUCACCUCAUCCCCUGACGCCGAUACAGGCUAGUCCAGGCCCCAUUGGCCCACCAAGUAAGUCGGGACUCACAGGUCCAAACCUAUUCGGCGGGCAAGCAUCACAACACGCUGCGUCACCUUUGAGCGCGCAGCCCAGCAAGCCAGUACCGAUGCAUCCGAGUCCGUUUGGUAUGCCCAUGGGCGGCGGCGGCAGUAUGCCGUUUCCUCCUGGCUUGGGCCAGAUGCCGCCACCUGGAUUUGGUAGUCCAAUGCAUCGUGAUCCACCAUUUUCACCCAUGAAUGCCUUUAGACCUCCUCCUGGGAUUGUAUCAAUGCCUCCUGGACUAAGCGGUCCUGGUCCUAACCGAGGAUUUCCACUACACCAGCAUCACCCGCCUGGCUUUCCCGGACCGUUGGACUCGCCUGUCUCUCCAAUGGCUCAUCUGAUGGGGCCGGCAGGUAUGCAAAGCAAUGGCGGUACCACGCAUUCCCGCCAAGGUUCUGGCAGUCAUGAGAGUGGCGGACCGCAACCCAUCUCAAAGCCGACACCAAUAGGACGCCCAGCCAGUGUUGUCCAUGGCCAACGACCGUCAAGCUCUUCCCCUUCUAGGGACUUUUCGAGGAAUGAUCCGGACACGCACUUGGGAAGCAGUGCCCUACUAGAUGACGGAGAUGACCCGAUCGACUUUGCUGGUCGUCCGGUGAGAUUCCCAACCGCAUCAUCAUUGCCACGACCUGGAGGAUUUGGUGCUUUUGGAAUGGACCCCAUGUUCCCCAGUCAUCCAAACCCUUGGGGACCGCAACCAUUCGGCAUGCCACCUCAGUCGCAUCCUUUUCCCCCAGGACCUCCUCCUGGCUUUGGCGUGCCUAGCCCAGUAGGUUCCUCAUGGGGUCCCCCUCCAGGAGCCAGCUUUGGCAUACCAGGUGUUCUCGAGCGGCCUACUGAGCCACGCCACCUAACUCUCCGCAAGAUGAUGCGCAAGGCAUGCGAGGACCUAGGUGAGCACGACACUCAAGCGGCCGAGGGGCGAACGGGAUUCAUCCCACUGGCGGACAUCAAAGCCCAGGUUGACCGACUGCACAUCAACGGACCCCCGGUAAAUUUCGACGAACUGCUCAUGAUCUGCGAGACUGAAGGCAACGAGGUGAAUGGAGGUGGCAUCUUUGAGCUUCGCGAAGAGAAUGGGAACAAGUCGAUCCAGUACUUCCUGAAUAAUGAUCGGGCAAGACCGCAGGGGGUUCUCAGGACGGUUGGGUAUCAUCCGGGCAGUCCAACCAGUGGCGGUGGGCUUGGGUAACACUGCUUCCCACUCUGACUUGUUGAUACUUUGAAGAAAGUACUUAUUAUGCCAAGGAAGAGGGCGCGGGUGUUUUAACCUGUUCAUAGCGAAUAACGAAGACACCAACUAUUAACCGAGUCAUACAUCACCUUGCCUUUAUGUUCUUGGGGAAUCACCAAGGUCCACGAUGUCUUUGCGACCAAGCCUGGCAAUGAAGCAUAUUUAUUAGCUUACUGGGUGUUUUGCGUUGGGUUUGUCUUGGUGUUGAGAUGCGUCGAUAAUCUUGUGGUAAUUUUCUCAGAAGGGCGAAGCAUUUGAGAAAAUAGAUGGUUAAGGAGAUGGUCGGAGGGCGUGGAAUCAAGCCAAGUUGUCGGGUUUAGUGUAAAGUAGCUAAGUAUUGCGGAUAUUGGAGGAUGUAAAAAUCAAGUGGCUCACAGAGGCUCUAUUCAUGGCUCAUCUACUGACCUUUAUGCUCGACUGUGACUCAUUGAGUGAUUGAGUUUAAAGCCCUGUGGACUGGAAGGCUUAAACAGUGGGAUAUGUCGGUG